UGAUGGCAGGACGGUGGCCAUCAAGAGGAUUCAAACAAAGACAUUCUAUCUGUCCAAAACCAUCAGACAGGAAGUCAAACAAGUCAGGGAGCUCGAUCACCCAAACCUCUGUAAGUUCAUCGGCGGUUGUGUUGAGGUGCCGGACGUCGCCAUAGUGACGGAGUAUUGCCCAAAAGGAAGCCUUAACGACGUUCUUCUUAACGAGGAGGUCCCACUCAACUGGGGCUUCAGGUUUUCCUUCGCCACAGACAUCGCCAGAGGGACGUCGUACCUGCACCAACACAAGAUCUGUCACGGCCGACUCAAGUCUCUGAACUGUGUGUUGGACGACCGCUGGGUCUGCAAGAUCACAGAUUACGGGCUGGGAACGUACCGCAGAGACGACGGCGCGGAGCCUCUUUCCACCUAUCAGCAGAGCGUCCUGGAGGUCUACAUGCCGCCCGAGUUUCAGAACUCCAACAUGGAGCCGACGCUGGCUGGAGACGUGUUCAGUUAUUCCAUCAUUCUGCUGGAGAUUGCCACUCGCAGCGACCCCGUCCCAGUAGAGGAGUCCAGUCUGGAGAGCUCCUGUUGUCCUCCUCUACCAGAGCUCAUCUCCAGUAAAGCCGACACCUGUCCCUGUCCGGCUGACUACGUAGAGCUGAUCCGACGAUGUCGCUCUCACAACCCCGUCCACCGACCCACCUUUGAGCAAAUCAAGAAGUUUGUUCACCGGAUCAACCCCAUCAAAGUCAGCCCGGUGGACAUGAUGAUGAACCUGAUGGAGAAGUACAGUAAACACCUGGAGGUACUGGUGGCAGAGCGGACGCAGGAUCUAACGCACGAGAAACAGAAGACAGACAGGCUGCUUUAUAGUAUGCUGCCUAAACAGGUAGCUGAUGACCUGCGGCAGGGAAAGCCGAUGCAGGCUCAGAGUUACGUCAGUGCCACCGUCUUCUUCAGUGACAUCGUGGGCUUCACUCAGCUGUCCAGCAGCAGCACUCCUUACCAGGUCGUAGACUUCCUCAACAAGCUCUACACCACAUUUGAUGACAUCAUCGACAACUACGACGUCUACAAGGUGGAAACCAUCGGAGACGCCUACAUGGUGGUCUCUGGUGUUCCCCUGGAGAACGGGAUCCUCCACGCCUCAGAGAUCGCCAGCAUGGCUCUGGACCUGGUGGGCGUCUGUCGCACCUUCGGGAUCCCCCACAAACCCAACACACAGCUGCAGAUACGAGCCGGAAUACACUCUGGUACGUACACGCGUUGAACAUCACACUCUGGUACGUACACGCGUUAAACAUCACACACUCUG